UUGUUCUGUGGUCUGUGGUGUGCAUGGUUGCAUAAAAAUAACAUAACCUUAGUUGCCGCAUGUACCAAUUUCUCCAUAAUAGUAAGGAUACAAAUAGGUUAACCGCCUCAGAAAGCCAUGGAAUUGCAAGAACUGAUCCUUACGACUUGCCGCAGCACGCAGCAGUCGUCUGCUUGUCUUUGGGAUCAAACCACCGGCAACGCCCUUCAUUAUUAUAAAAAUGGGGGAGUUAUAGCCCCCAAAACCCUCACCUUACUCGGCAACGACUACGUUAUGUCAGCUGAUGAAGAUAAACCAGUGACACACAUUUGGCCCCUUAAUAGCCAGGAGCCAGAGAAGAAAAUGAGCACGGUGUUACCCGAUAAAAUCACAACAAUGGCACACUGUCCAGACUCCUGUUACCUCGCAGCUGGAAUUGGUGUACGAUUAUACAUCUGGCACGUACCGUCAGGAAAAUUGUUCUCAAUACAAAAAAAGAACUUUCAGCCAAUCAGCUGCAUCAAAUUUUCCAGUGACGGCAGUUGUGUGAUCGUAGCUGGACAAGAUGGGAUGUUAAUUGUGUACAAACUAGUCAGUUUGGUGAGUUUACACAACAACUUACAGUCACAGAGUGAAGGUCAGAUCGAACCCCUUUACACCAAACACGAUCACACUUUGCCAAUCACAGAUGUACACGUUGGUAGUUUUGGGCAUGACGCACGUUUUGCCACAGUUUCAAGCGACAACACGUGUAAAGUGUACAGUUUGAAAAAUGGAACGCUCCUCCUUAAUUUGGUGUUUGAAGAGGCCUUGACUGCUGUGAUUUUCGAUGGACCCUGUUGGAACCUCUACGUUGGUAGAAAUUCCGGAAAAAUCCAACAAUUUUUUCUAAAAGCACCUCCAAGGAAUGUCGAUGAGCAUGUUGGUGACUUAGUUUUCAAUGGUCAUCAAAAACGUAUUACCUGUCUCGAUUUGGGGAUUUCGAAUGGGGUGCUCGUUUCAGGCGCUGAGGAUAAUUUUGUGUUUAUUUGGGAGAUUUCCAGCAGGCAGAUUUUGAAGCGGAUCGAACAUAAGGGGGCUAUAACUAACGUGAAGUGUUUGUUGAAGCACGACAAUUUUUUUACUCAGAAUUUGAAACAUGAACUUGUUGUGAGAAAUCUUGAUAGGGAUUUGAUUCAGUCUGAAGUGUUCGACGUGGGGUAUAUUCAAGAUUGUGAUAUUGAGUUGAGUGAGGAUGAAUGUGAGACAGGUCAACGGAUAAACGACACGCGCUUUAAGGAUUUGAAGGUGGAAAAUGCGAAGCUCAGGGCCACAAAUCAGCAGUUAUAUGAGGCUGCAUUGAGAAUAUCUCAAAAAUACACCAGUUUUUAGUUUAGGUUUUUCAAUGUACAUAAUUUGUAAUAUUCUUCUACAAUAAGUAAAUUUUAUAUUUGUUUGUUUAA